GUGGCUAAAGAAUAUGAGGCUUGAGUUGCUCGGCCUCUCGAAGCAAACAUGCACUUAAGGUUUCCACCCGCCUUCAAAGCGCAACAACUUAUUCCGUCGUACGUCGUCAAUCCCUCUUCUCCAGCUUCGCCUCGCCUCCUAAAUAAUUUGAGCCAGCAGCAUGGCGCGGUUGACGGUGGCGAUGCUGUUCUUUGUGCUGGCGCUGGCCCUGGCCCCACGCAACAUGGACGCGGUCGUCGUGGAAAGCCUGCAGCCGGGGUUCUACAACCAGUCAUGCCCGGAGGUGGAGCAGGUCGUCCGCGACGUCGUCGACUCCGAGGUCGGCAUGGACCACACCCUCGCCCCCGGCCUCAUCCGCAUCUUCUUCCACGACUGCUUCAUCACGGGCUGCGACGCAUCCAUCCUGCUGGACGAGUCGCCGGCGGGCGACGUACCGGAGAAGCAGUCGUCGGCCAACGGCUUCACCCUGCACGGGCUCCGGACCAUCGACAUCGCCAAGUCGACCCUCGAGGCCAUGUGCCCGCGCACCGUGUCCUGCUCCGACAUCGUGGCCUUCGCCGCCCGCGAUGCCGCCGUGGCGGCGGGCCUCCCGACCUACGAGGUCGCCGCGGGCCGCCGCGACGGGGAGCACUCGAGGAUGGACGACCUCCCGGGCAACUUCCCCGUGCCAGGCCACACGGUGCCCCGGCUCACGGAGCUCUUCCAGAAGCGUGGCCUGUCCCAGGAGGACCUGGUGGUGCUCUCGGGCGCGCACUCCAUCGGGGGCGCGCACUGCUUCAUGUUCUCCAACCGCAUCUACGGCUUCUCCAAGACCGCCGACAUCGACCCGUCGCUGGACCCGGCCUUCGCCAAGCUUCUCCGGGAGAUGUGCCCGCGGCCCAAGCCCGACGACAACCCGGAGGAGGCCCCCAAGAUCGACUUCGACCAGCGGACGGCCCAGAAGCUCGACAACUCCUACUACAACGAGCUGCUGGCCCGGCGCAGCCUGCUCACCUCCGACAGCGCGCUCGUCCAGGACCCGGCGACGAGGCCCAUCGUGGAGAGCUUCGCCAAGGACGACGCCCUGUGGCAGAAGAAGUUCGGCGAGGCGAUGCAGAAGGUGGGCAAGCUCGACGUGCUCACCCGCCCCGAGGAGGGCCAGAUCAGGAGGAAUUGCCGGAUGGUCAACAGGCCCAAGAGCGAGAUGAGGACACACAUGGGCAGGAUUUCAUGGCCCAAGCCCCGGCACCCCAUGCUCCAGAUGAUGAACUGGUUCAUCCGUGGCUUCCAGCAGCCAGCCUGAUCCAGCAGUGAUCACUACUCAUCAGGCCGUUCGCCAACGUAUAUAGUUGUGUGGAGAUUUUUCGCAGCUGUCUGCCGUUUGGUCGUUGCGUUAAUUUUUCUUCUUUUCCCCUUCAGUCUAACGCUGCUGUUGCUAUGCCUUGAGCCAAUCAUGUAUAUUUUUCUGUCGUUUAUGUAUACGAACUUCGAAUGAUAUGUUGUUUUACCCCCGAAUAACCCAUCAUUAGUGUGUUCUUUGA